AUGACCUUGAGUUACCGGUGGGGUACCGAACCUCAAAAGUUGGUUUUGUCAUCACACAACCUGGAUUUACUGGGUCGUGGAAGUCCCAUUGUGCAACUACCGCAAACAUUCCAGGACUUGGUUGUAGUUGCACAUCAUCUUGGCAUCCGGAAUGACUGGGAGAAGGAAGCGCUCACGAUGAGAGAAGUAUACAGUAAUGCAGCGUGCAACGUUGCAGCAUCUGCUUCGAGUAGCCCUGCUGGCGGAUUGUUCCGAUCUCGUGUCACAAAGAACAUCCGGCCGGGCAUCGUCAAGUCAAACCUCGCUUUCCAAGAACCCGGGGAGUUCUACAUGUUUGAUAAAGGAUAUUGGGAUCGCCACCUCCUGUAUGGUGCUCUGCACACCAGGGGAUGGGUGUUCCAGGAGCGGUUCUUAUCACCGCGACAAAUCUACUUCACAAGAAGUCAAGUUAUGUGGGAAUGCUUAGAGGAACACAAAUGCGAGGGAUUUCCACGAGGAAUUCCACUUCAUGAAUCCUCGAAAAGCAUAAAACGCCUCCUUCCACCACAAAGAAAUGACGAUGAGACCAAAGUUGAAGGCCUCAUGCCAUUCGAUACUUUGGAUCUUUGGAUUGAUAUCGUCGCUACUUACUCCAAGUGCGAAUUCAGCGUCAAAGAGGACAAGCUUUACGCCCUAGGGGGCAUUGCCAAGCUCUUCCAGGAAGUUACAGGUGACACCUAUCUUGCUGGCUUGUGGCGCUCACGUCUUCUACAUCAGCUAGAUUGGUAUACAUUGAUGCCACAGCCGAGGAUCAUGAGCAAAUACAGAGCUCCAUCCUGGUCAUGGGCAUCUGUUGAUGGGCCAGUACAGCCAACACACCCUGCUCACGGAUAUCACUUUCUAGAAGAGGUAAUGGACGCAAGUGUGACAACGACAAGUGCGGGAAACGACUUGGUCAAUGCAAUCGGUGGUAGCAUAACACUGCGAGCGAAGGUGUAUGAUGCAACUUAUGAGCGAGAAUACCCACUUACAAACGAUGGGCUCAUCCAUUUCGGCUCUAAAGACAAGGCCUUCCCUCCAUUUACGACAUGGCCUUACCUUGAUGCAGUUGAGGACAAUCUGAAAAAGAGCGGUCACACAUCACUACUGCCCUUAAGAAAUCAGGAAGUCAAUUGGGAGGAUCUUGAAAGGGACCAGUCUGGUGAUACAAAUGGCGUUACUUGUCUCAUCCUGGAGAAAGUUGGCGCGUCCAAAAACACGUAUCGUAAGAUCGGAUGGAUGUACCUUUGGGGAGGAAGAUCUCAUGGUAAAGAAAACCAAGAUGUCAUAGACGCUAUUCUUUCAGCCCAUGAGAGUGAUCGAGGAUGGACACAGAUCAUUUUGGUUUGA